UUAAGAAUGUAAAAAGAGAACUCCGGCGCGUUUGGAGGGAGUUUUGAUUUCAUUUUGUCGGAGGCGGCAACUAAAAACCCUAGAAAUUUCAUCUCUUGUGCAAAUAUAAUCUGUCUGAUCCGAAAAAUCUACUCUCUGUUGAAAUUCAUCCACUUCCUUCUCUACAUUUCUCACCCUCCCAUCACUCCAUGCAGUAGAAUUAACAGAAUGAAGGUAUGGUCUCUAUUAUUUGUUCACCACUUUGAGAUUUAUUUGGUAUUAUUGAAUUCAAUGUUGGAUUUUGAGGUUAUACAGAAAGAUUGUGAGGAUUUCUUUUAGACACUUGAAUGGAUAUUGAAACAAGCAAUUGGGGCCCUUCGGUUAUUGAAGAGUAAGAGAAAAUGUCAGAUGCUUGUGUUGAUCCAAGUGGUCUUCACUUGAAGAAGGAACUUACUGCCCUUAGAAAGGCGCGAUUCUUACGUGACCCCGAAACUAGUUCGUCUUGGAGGUCCCCUUUGAGUUCUAGAUCAGUAGCUGCUACUUAUAGUUGGAACUGCGGAACUGGGGCUAGAGGAGACUCCAAUGGAGCUGGUACCUCCUCGGGAUUGUUUGAACUUGACUCAACUCUACCUUCAAGAAGCGAAAACAAUCAGAAAAAGGUGUUCCUCUACAACUGGAAGCAUCAGUCUAGCAAAUCAAUCGAUACUGGUGUGACUCCAGAUGGUGACAACAUGCAAAGAUUUGUUCCACAAAGCCCUGAAGACAGCUUUAGUGAUGUUCAAAAGGGAGAUGGGGACACAAAUCUUAAUGGCCCUAUAACUGCCUUCAGAGUCCGAGGGAUGACUUCAGAGACUCCUACAAGAAGAGUGGCUAGGAAGUUUAAGAAAAGUACCAUCUCAUCAAAACAGUAUAUUGUCAGGAACUCUCCGAUUUCGGAGCAGCUGGAUCUUCCAUCCAGCUCUUUAAAAGCACUUUCCAUUGGGCAGUCUGAUGAUACAGAUUACUGCAAUUCCGAGGAUUUGCAGAUUUCAGACCACAAAUUUGCACGACGAGCAGGGUACACUUCCUGCUUGUCAUCACCAUUUCUGUCACACUAUGAAAAUUGGUCCCACUCAUCGAAAAUACUAAAAAGUACCCGAAAGGGGGACUUGUCUUGUUCUUACACCCCUGCAUCGACUAGUUCUUAUAACAGAUACAGAGGUCAAUACCCCAGCACCACCGGAUCUUGGGAUUGUACUACAACUUCAUUUGAUGGGGAUGAAGUGGAUCAGUUGGAUUUACUGAGACAGAAAGGAUGUGGUAUUCCUUGCUAUUGGUCAAAAAGGACAAAGCGUGGAGGCCGCGGAAGUUGUUCUCCUUCACUUUCUGAUACCCUGAGGAAAACGGGAAGUAGCAUCCUCUGUGGAAGCCAGAGGAUGCAUCGUAAAAGACGGUCAUCGACUUCAAACAAGCAGAGAACUGUUUCAAAAUCUGUCCAUAGCCUGCCCUUGCUGACCAACAGCUGUGAAGGUGGAGGGUCAUCGAUAGAUACAGUGAGUGACGAGCUUUUGACUAAUUUUGAUGAGCUUGAUUUGGAAGCUUUGAGCCGUUUAGAUGGAAGAAGAUCGUUGAGCUGCAAAAGCCAAGAAAGGCUGGAACUUGCACUAACAGUGAGAGCUGAGAAAGCUCCAGACAGCAGAAGCCUGAACCAGAAGUAUAGACCCAGGUCUUUUGAUGAAUUGGUCGGGCAGAGUAUCGUUGUUCAGUCACUUAAUAACGCAAUUUUAAGGGGUAGGAUAGCCCCCGUUUAUCUUUUUCAAGGUCCUCAUGGGACAGGAAAGACAUCAACAGCAAGGGUGUUUGCAGCGGCUUUGAACUGCCAAUCAACUGGAGAAGCCAAGCCAUGUGGGUUCUGCAGCGAGUGUACUGAUGUUGCCUCUGGAAAGAGCAUGGACAUCAUGGAAGUGGAUGCUGCCCAUAAAAAGGGAAUAGAUAGAGUUAGGCAUGUUUUGAAGAAAUUGUCUGGGUCCCAGUCUUUUUCGCGGUACAGAGUCUUCAUUAUCAAAGGAUGCCACAUGUUACCAUCCAAGGCAUGGUCAGCGUUUCUAAAGUUCCUUGAAGAACCACCAUCACUUGUUGUUUUCUUGUUUGUAACUACUGAUCCAGACAGUCUGCCCCGAGCUGUUGUAUCGCGGUGUCAGAAAUACCUUUUCCCCAAGAUCAAAGAUGCCGAUAUAGUAACCAGGUUGAAGAAGCUUUCUGCCGAAGAGAAUAUGGAUUUUGAGUUGGAUGCUCUAGACCUGAUUGCUUUGAAUUCUGACGGUUCACUUCGAGAUGCAGAAAUGAUGUUGGACCAGUUGAGUUUACUGGGCAAACGGAUCACAGCAUCUCUAGUAAACGAUCUUGUUGGUGUUGUUCCAGAUGAGAAACUACUGGAUCUCUUGGAGUUAGCCAUGUCAUCAGAUACUGCAGAAACAGUGAAAAGAGCUCGUGAACUGAUGGAUUCUGGAAUCGAUCCCAUGGCCUUGAUGUCUCAAUUAGCAGACCUUAUCAUGGAUAUUAUUACUGGAACUCAACGGUUGGGCAAUGCCAAAAGUAGUGGUGCAUUUUUUGCUGGGCGAAGUUUGACCGAAUCAGAGGUGGAGAGACUGAAACAAGCUCUAAAGAUUCUUUCUGAAGCUGAGAAGCAGCUAAGGGUUUCUAGUGAGCGGUCGACAUGGUUUACUGCAGCUCUUCUACAGCUUGGUUCUGGGCAUUCUCCAGUUCCGUCACAUUCAAGCCAUAAGAAAAUGAAAGAAAAUUUAUCAGACACUGCAAAUGAAGCAUCUGCCCAUGGGAAGCGGCCAGAUGGUUUACACAUGGUGUGGAAAUCUAGUUCAGACUCGAUGCUCAGAACAGAUGUAGAUGUUAGUUGUCUUGGUGAUUCGUUGUCUAGCAUGCCGAUGACAGAGGGCAGUGCAUUUUCUGCCGCACGUAAAGAUAUCACAGCUGGCAAGAGGGUGUCUGGAUAUUUGAGUACAGACAAGCUGGAUGAGAUCUGGAGAAGGUGUAUCGAAAGGUGCCACUCAAAGACAUUGAAGCAGUUGUUGCGUGCUCAUGGGAAGCUGGUAUCGAUUUCAGAUGGUGAAGGUGUCAUGACUGCAUAUAUAGCAUUUGGGAAUAAAGAUAUUAAAUCCAGAGCUGAGAGAUUUUUGAGCAGUAUCACAAAUUCAAUUGAGACAGUUCUGAGGUGCAAUGUGGAAGUCAGAAUGGGACUUAUUGCAGAUGGGGAAAAUUCUAUAAACAGGAUAAAAGCAGUCAAGUCAUCAGAUUCUAUGGCAGUGGCACAGAAGCAGAUGGAAAUGAUUGGGAUGAUGGGCAGGCACCGAAAUGCAGAUAACAGCAGAUUAAGUACUUCAUCAUAUCAGGGCCCAUGUAAAGAACAAGUCAAUCUGACCAGAAAUAGCUUUAACGGUUAUGAGUGUAUGCUGCGAAGAACCCCAGAUUCGUGUGAUGGCUCUCUAGUGCGAGAUGAAACCUUCCCAAUGUCGAGCUUACCAAUCUUCUCAAGAGAAGGAAAUAUUGGAGUCAGCAGCACAAAAGGGAGAAGGCAAGAAAAUCCUAUGCAAAGGAUGCAUGCAUCGACACAGGAGCUAAGGUUAGAGAGUGCAUGGUUACACACAGCAGAAAAAGGGACUCCCGGAUCGGUGCGCCGGUUGAAACCAGAGCGGAAUCAAGUACUGCCCCAAGAUGGCAUCUUCCAUGAGUAUGAAAUGGCUUCUGUGAUGGAGCUUGAUGUAUCCUCCAAGCAUUGGGAGGAUGAAGUGGAUCAUGAAAUUAAAUCCUUGGAAGUCUAUGACAACCGAUGUGACCAAAAGGACCCAAGCGGCAGAAGGGUCGGUCAUUAUCCCAUGUCUCCAAGCUUGUUGCAUAGUAACAGCUUGAAGACGAAUUUUGACAAAGAGAAUCUGGGAUAUGAAUCAGGACCUGGUUGUAAUGGACUUCUUUGUUGGAAAACCACCAAACCUUCGAAAGUUAAUGUUAAGCAAGUGACCCACACUCGAUCACAUAAGCCCAGGUGCUAUUUAUGGUUUGGGCAAUGUGGGAAAUCGAAGACACCAAAGAACAGAAUUGAAGGAUAAAACAUGCAGUAGAAUUCAGAGAUUUGGAGCCUCAAUUUGACAAUCAUUGUUCAUAUACAUUUUUUCUGUAUAUGUUUUCUUUUCUUUCUUUUUCUUUUUUAUUUAAAUUGAGCAAUUCAUCAAGAGAGAACUUUGAUGGGUCUCUCAUCUGCUGCUUUUGCUAAAUUUGGCCAAUUUUUGUGGGAUUGAAAUAAAGGAGAUGGAAAAUCUAAUUCAAAAGAAUAGUUUUAAGUGCUUUACAUUUGC